AUGAGUACUUACGAUAGUAACACUCCAUAUGUGGUGAUCGAUAGAUACUCCGACUUGGAGGCAACAUCACCAGCGAAACAGGCCCAAAUACUACCUCAAAGCACUCUUGCAACAACCCGGGCAAAUGGAUAUGGUGAACCUGCGCUGGAGAAAGGUCACCCCAAAGCAUUCCGUCGUGGGACAUGGGCAUUCGUCGCAGCUGUAGCUUUUGCCAGUGCCCUCAUAGUUGGCGGGGCGGUAGGGGGCGGACUGGGUGCAACGCUUGCAAGUUGUGAGAAUGAAAAAAAGGAUAUGCAGAAUCAAAUGUUGAUCACAUCUUCGAUAAACUUAGCAGAACAGUUGACAGUGCAGAUGCCAACCGCAACCGCAACAUCAACUGAAGCUGGAGCAACAGACGGCCUCCUCGCAAACUAUGCCGUCGUACCAGCCACCAAUGUUUAUGACACCUUGUUCGACUGUGAGGACCUUGCGAAGAAGAUUCAAACGACAGUGUUCAAUCCACGAUCCAACCAAAGCUACAAAUUAUACUGCGGGAAAGAUAUUGGAACGGGUACAGCAAAAGAUUCGAAGGGAAAGGAUGUCCCAUACCUUGACUUGCUCGGUAUCAUCCAGUACGAUCUGGCAGGCUGCCUUGAAGCAUGUUCUUCGCUCAACCGCUUUGUCGCGGCAAACGACUUGGACGAAGCUCAGAAUUGCCGGUCUGUGGUUUUCCAUUCGAAGAUGCAUGAGGCCCUGGCCAGCCAAGAAGCGAAUUGCUGGAUUAAGAAUGGGACACCACCGACUAUCGAAGCCAGUUCAGGCCAGGGCCCAUUUUUGGUCGUCAGUGCUGCUUUGCAAGCAUGA